AACUGGAAUUAAAGGGGAACAAAAAAAUACCCACAAAAACAUACACAAGGGAAUUCCAAACUCUACAAUUAAACAUUUUUUUCUCUCUUUUUUCUUUUCGAUUUAUAAACGACGACGACGACAAAGGGAAACGGCUCUCUUUGCCUUUUGUUCUUGCUUUGCUUUGAUUCAUCUCUAUUGUUGUAAUUGUAUUGAGUGGCAGCAAUCAUUGUCGAAGACAGAUAGAUAGGCAUCGGCCUCACAGGCUUUGUGUUCUUGGCCCUCGAAUUCUUAGCCCUCGAUUUUGGCCCCUUUCUUUCAAUCUCUCUCUCUUCCACAAUUAUUCCCAUUUUCUUCUCGAUUAAUUUCGGUAAUUCUUAGGGAUCUCUCUCACUUUCUCUGCAUAUUUAGAGAGAAGAACGAAGGAUUAAGGAAAGAGAAACGCCUAAAUACUUUCCGUUUCUUCUCUUCCGACUGAAUCUGCUGAUUUUCCGUGCCUUUCUCUGAUUCUCGUUUAACUGAGAACCCUUGCCGCCGUUUUACCCUCGACUUGAUUGUUUCGUCAAUCCACGACAAACCCGAUUCCAUAUCCCACGAAAGGAGACGACCCAGUUUUUUUGUUUUUGAUUUUCUUUCACAUAACAGAAAUGUGGUGGAUGAUGGGUGAAGGUGGAGGCCAUUACUGUUCCAAGAAAUCCGAUGAUAUCUGUGGCGAAGUUUGUGAUCAGGAAUCCAAUCGAGUAUUAGGCAUGUCUAGACUUCGCUGCAUUUUUCGUGGAUAUGAUGUGAAAACCUUCCUUAUUCUUUUUGCGCUGGUGCCAACGUGCAUACUGAUCAUUUACCUGCAUGGACAGAAGAUCUCGUACUUCUUACGGCCAUUAUGGGAAUCCCCACCAAAAGAAUUCAAUAUGAUUACUCACUACUAUGAUGGGAAUGUAUCUAUGGAGAAUCUAUGCAAACUACAUGGUUGGAAAGUCCGUGAAUUUCCACGGCGUGUUUAUGAUGCUGUGCUGUUCAGUAACGAGAUUGAGAUGCUCACCUUGCGAUGGAAAGAACUUUACCCUUACAUUACACAGUUUGUUCUUCUUGAGGCAAAUUCAACAUUUACUGGGAAGCCGAAGCCAUUAUACUUUGCUCGCAAUAGAGACCAAUUCAAAUUUGUGGAGCCAAGAUUUACUUAUGGCACUGUUGGAGGGAGAUUUAAGAAAGGGGAAAAUCCAUUUGUUGAGGAGGCAUUUCAACGGGUAGCACUCGAUCAGCUUCUCAGAAUUGCUGGUAUCUCUGAUGAUGACUUGUUGAUAAUGUCUGACGUUGACGAAAUUCCAAGCAGGCACACAAUUAAUCUCUUGAGAUGGUGUGAUGACAUACCAGAGGUUCUUCAUCUACAACUUAGGAACUAUUUGUACUCAUUCGAGUUCCAUGUUGAUGACAAUAGCUGGAGGGCUUCAGUUCAUAGAUACAAAUCUGGUAAGACAAAGUAUGUUCACUAUCGCCAGUCAGAUGACCUGUUGGCAGAUUCGGGGUGGCACUGUAGCUUCUGUUUCCGUCGUAUCAGCGACUUCAUCUUUAAGAUGAAAGCAUACAGUCACAAUGACAGAGUUAGGUUCUCUAGCUAUCUGAAUCCCAAAAGAAUUCAGAGGAUUAUAUGCAAGGGUUCUGACCUAUUUGACAUGCUUCCUGAGGAAUACACUUUCAAAGAAAUUAUUGGGAAAAUGGGACCAGUUCCUCAUUCCUACUCAGCAGUUCACUUGCCAUCUUAUCUUCUGGAAAAUGCAGAAGAUUACAAAUUCCUUUUGCCUGGGAAUUGUGUACGAGAGAGUGGCUAAUCUCUAAUUUCGACGUGUACCUCUCCGUGAAGGUUAGUUGCACUGUAGCUUGUCUGACACCUCGUGGACCUUCCAUCCCGAAAGUUAUUGACCGACACAUGGCCAACCUUGGCGACUCUUUGCCUCCAGAUAAGCUAAUGUUACUUCUUUUGGAAGUUGUAACUGCUUGGACAGUUGAACUAAUUCCAUGAGUGGAAGUUAUGUGUAGAUAUCUGUUUUCUUUGAGUUGGUUUGGUUCAAGGAGUUUAUCUAUUCAUUAGGUGGGUGAACUUGCUGUCACCGGAGCAGCAGCAUAUCAGACGAACCCCCAUUGCAUUGCCAUUGUAUUUGAGGCUGUUGUGCUUUCUUCCCCUACUGGGAAAUUUUGUAUACACGACUAUUAUUUAUAUCAUGUAAUUCAUAUUUGCUAUUGACCUGAUUUCUAAUUCUUGUUCUAAUACAUUUUUCAUUUUCGUCUUUAUGACUUUGAAA